AUGUCGUCCCCGUGGAAAAAGCAGCCCGAGGAUGUCGUUGACAGUGUUUUAAAACGGGCAGAAGUCAGCAAGAUUGCACGCAGACUACAGAACCGGUUGGCGCUAGCUCAAUUCAAAACGAAGCAUGGCUGGGAGGACUUGACGCUCGAUUCCAUCGAACCGAAGCUGGAAGAAGAAAUGCGAAGAAGACGCCUCUGCUGCGAUGGCGAUGUCCUUUCCGACUCGUCCUCUAGUGCAUCCGACCUGCCGUAUCCCACCAAGACCCUAAUGAGUUCGCCUCUCAAGGCACCCUUAUUUUCGGAUGCCAUUGGGUCGAGCAACGGAAGCUCAGGCCACCGGAAACGCACAUAUUUUGCAUCGUUUGAUCAUACAGCCUCCAGCCCGAGUAAGCGUUUUCGAGCAUCGCCGACAGCACACAAAUCCUUUUCUGGACACUCAACUUGGAAAGAUAGCCACCAGCUGGCACAGUCGUCACCGAUCAAGCCAAGGCGCCAGCAACACUUUACCACCUCGGGUGGGCCAGAUGUGUCCUUUUUCCAGCAGCGCAGAAUGACAGCCGCUCUGACAUCGCCAAACUUUGCUGCACCUUCAGACGACGAGGACGAUCUGCUGCCGGCACACUCAUUCAAUGUCAAUAACGUGCGCUCGUCUCCGCCUCGCACGCCUCCCAUGCAGACACGAAGUCUCACAAGCAAGCGCGGCAAGGAAAACUCGGAGGGCGCUAAUGGCGGCAAGACGGGCGAAGAGGGCGCCGACCUGUUGCUGUACCUGGCAGCGUCACCAUCUCCUGCCGUGAAGUCGAAUCGCGGCCGCAUGGAGCGCCUUUCAACCCCACCGCCGAAGAAUAGCAAGCUUGACUUACCAUCAUCCAUGAUGAUGACGCCAGGCGGGGGCAACCUGUUUCCUAAUACUCCUGGCCAGGGUUUUGAUUUUGCUGAUUUUGUCAACAUCACCCCCAGCCCAGCACAGAAACCAUGGAGAACACCCGGUCCUAUCUCGGCCCGCACGCCGCUCAGCGUUGCUAGACGAAGGCUUACAUUUGAGGAGCCUCUGGCAUAG